AUGUAUGUGAAAUGUCUCAUAGAUGGAUGCACACACAUUUUGAACGUUUGGGAUACAUCAGGUCAGGAGGAUUAUGAUAGGUUGCGGCCACUUUCUUAUCCAAAUACUGAUUGUUUCCUGCUGUGCUACUCAAUUAGUAGUCGCGAUAGUUUCGACCAUGUGCAUUCAAAAUGGUAUCCAGAAAUUCGGCAUUAUUCACCAAAAGCACCAAUAAUCUUAAUCGCAACUAAAAUCGAUUUGAGAAAUUCUAACUCCCAUGGUUUGGUGACAUUUGAAGAAGGUCAAGCAAUGCACAAAAAGAUCCGAUCAAGUGAUUUUGUAGAAUGUUCAGCACUUGAAUAUACAAAUGUGGAUAUUGUUUUCAUAAAGGCAGUUCGAGCUGUGUUGCAAAAGGAAAAUGCCGCACGAAAAUUAAAAUGUAAUGUAUUAUAA